CUUCGCUCGCGCGCGUAGUGGGUGAUAUACUACGUGCACGCUGCCACGUUUCUUCUCGCUCGCUCGCUUCUGUGUCGCACGUACGUAGCCAUCGCUCGUGUCUUGGUGCUCGCGCAUGCGCACUAUAGUUCGAAUCGUCGACUACUUUAUUUGGGGGAGGUAAACGCGGACGUUUCGUCACCGCGGGGUACGAACACAACGAGCGCAUGCGAGCGACCGUUACAUCUAUAUAUCUAUAUACAUAAUACACACAGAGCGAUUGCUGGUCGUGGUUAUUGUAGGUUCGGGGUUCCUACCUGCGAGUAGGCAGGCUGCAGAUAGCGCGAUGGUUAGUCAGGAGCAGAGCCGACGGAUGUGACUCGAUGCACGGGUGCGACGACGGACCGCCGACACAGCAACCGAAGCCAGCGCGCACGCCUUCUCCAUAGCAACGCAAUCGCACGUACGCGCAACGUCGCCAUGGUAACGCCAUCGUCGCAGCAGAGCCAUCGUCAUCGUCGUCGUCGUCGGCCGCUGUGCGUGGUCGCGUUGACCGUCGUGCUGUGGUUAGGGGCGACGGCGCCGGCGACAGGUCUGCCGCUAUCAGCCUAUAAGCUACCGGCCGGUUACCUGGAGGACCACGCCGUUGACAAGGCAAUUGCGUACCUGAGAAAGUUUGGUUACAUCGAGGAUGAGGAAAACUCGAUCGUAAUGGGCAGAGCAAUUACCAACUUCCAGUACAUGGCGGACAUCGCACAGACGGGCCGGCUCGAUGACGUCACGCUGCGCAAGAUGGAGGAGCCUCGGUGUGGCGUCAAGGACAGCUUUCUGCAGGAAGACGGCGCUGCGAUAGCUGCCAAAGUGCAAUACAGGUCGAACCGUCGAUCGCGCAUCAAAUCAGCGAAGCUGAGGCAGGGUUUAGGAGCUGGGUUCUUCAGCCGCUGGUGGUUCAAGUGUGACUUCACGUGGAACGUCAUCAACGGCCACGACAAGCGCUCACGUGACGUCACGCGCACGCUCGUGAGACGUGCGCUCAGCCAGUGGUCUAACGCUAUCAACAGAGGGCGUAGAUCUCCUAUAUUCACCUUCCGGGAGGAACCGGAUAGAAACGAUACGGACCUCAGGUUCAGCUAUGAGAAAGGAAAGCACGGAGACUCUAAUGCAUUCGAUGGCCCCCAGGGGGUGCUGGCGCAUGCGUUCUUUCCCUACAUCAGUGGAGACUUUGAGGGGCAGCUUCAUAUUGACGGAGAUGAGGACUGGCAGGGAUCGUCGUCAGUAGGACAGCUACUCUACUACGUCAUCAUGCACGAAAUCGGACACAUCUUCGGGCUGACGCACUCCAACAAGGAGUCGUCGGUCAUGUACGGCUACCUAGGCUUCGAGCGAUCCAGCAUACGUCACCUGAGGCACGAAGACAUCAAGCGAAUACGCGCCCACUAUCCGUAUCGUUUCUGCGACAUCUACGCCAAGCGCCACUCAUCGUUACUCGACAGCAACUACAAGAAGACGCAGAGGGCCACUCCCGCACCGGGAACCAAACAUUAGUACUGUUCUUACAUCCAGCUACUGCCGAGUAAGGUGCAGAUGCAGAUGGAGACGGGAUCCUGGGCCUUGACGAACUAUAACACGACGAAGAGACUCACACGAGCCAUCCGCUGAUCUUUAUAUACUUAAGUUAGUAUACAGAGAUCAGUGCAGUCAUCCCGCCACCUGACUUCACACUUAGUGUAUAGUGCUGCCACCUAGUGUAAGAGAAUAACAAUAUCCGAGAGCACGAUUAUCGACUUUAUGAUUGAAAAAUUGUUAAUAACGGUAACGAUCCUGAGCUAUAGACACAAACAAAUAAGAUACGAUGCAAAAAUCAACAGAUGGAUUUACGGGACUUUUGCAGUGUGCCAUGCUUGAAACCAAACGUCAGUCUGCUUCUAGAACCAAGUGCUAUUAAUUACACAUUGCACGAGUAGCCACUUGUACGUUUUUGUAGCCACAUAGUUUGUUAAAUAUGAAUAAUGGCAAGCAUUUCAUAAACGUACUGCAAACCUUUAAAUUCAUUGUUUAGCAAAUCUUGAUGGUUUAAGAACGUGUACGUAGACAAGGAAAGUGACAUCAUUUCAGUUAAAGCAACUAUUAACCAAAGCAAAAAUAAAUGCCAAAUUGUACCUAUGAGGAUUUUUUAAUAGUUGUUUAAACAACAAGUGGAGUAUGAAUGUGAUUGUGAGCGAAUUAUUUGAGCACGUUUGUAUUCAACUUAAUGUUUAUUUAUUGAGCACUGUACAAAAGCAAUAUAGUAUAUAUAUAUAUAAAUGGUGUAAUUACUAUUAGUUUGGUAUUUAUUGUGCUCUUAUCUAACUGCUGUUUUUGUAGGAAUUUAUAUACAGGAUAGAAGAGCACUUAUUCAUGUAUAUUAUAUAAAUAUUACUGGCUUCAACAGAACCAUUGUUGUGUUAGAUUACUGUGCAGGAAAUGCAUGCACACUUUCAAUAGUGAUGUACUUCAAUGUUAAACAGCUAUAAAGCAAAUUCUGUAAACCAUAAAACGACACAAUUUAUUUACUUACAAUCUUA